AUGGAAGACGUCGCGCCGGACGCGCUCAUCAACAAGGAUGACGGCCGCAAGUACUGGGACGGAGUAGACGCAGACGACAACGGCAUGCUUGGCGGGCUGCUCAAAGGGGGCUUCUCAAAUCUGUCGCGCCUGGACCUGCAGGGCUCGCGGACCUUUCUCGCCAAGCUCGGCAUCGGGGCCAAGCCUCCUCUACGCGUCGUCGGCGCGGCUCUUGAAGGUGGCGCAGGUGUUGGGAGGGUGACCAAUGGGCUCAUGGUGAAUGUGGCUAAAGAGGUGGACAUCAUCGAGCCCACGGUCAAGUUCACGGAUGCCAUAGAAGCUAGAGACCGUGUACGGACCGUGUUCAACGUGGGCCUGGAGGAGUGGAAGCCCAGAGACGAGACCCGCUACGACUUGGUCUGGGUGCAGUGGUGUGUCGGACAUCUGACAGACGAUCAAUUGGUCGAGUUCCUGAAGAGGUGUCAGAGCGUGCUGAAUGCUGGAGGAUUCAUCGUGCUCAAAGAGAACCUGAGUACGAGUGGAGUGGAUCUCUUUGAUGAUCUCGACAGCAGCGUCACGAGGUACGUUUCAUCCGUUUCCGUUCCGAAGCGCCAGAUCCCAUCUGAUCGAUAUGUGCAGGGAGGAGAGCAAGUUUCAGGACAUCUUCAAGAGUGCUGGCCUGAGGAUAUCCAAGACGGAGCUGCAGAAAGCAUUUCCAUCCUCGCUGUUCCCGGUGCGAAUGUGGGCUUUGACUCCUGA